AACCCACGAAAUUGAUCUCAUCUCUAUGACUUUUCAAAGGACCUGAUGGCACUUCUAUAAAACCACAAUUCACAUUCAUUCACCACCGUUCUCUCUCUCUCUCUCUAUAUAUAUAUAUAUACAAACUCAGUGACACACGUUUUUAUCUCUAUAAAACCACAAAUACCAACUUCACUAGCUCAUCAUAAAGUACCCCUGCCACUGUAUUGUGUUCGAGCCUUUUAUUGAGGAGAAGUAACAAACAUUAUUUGAUGGGGUCAGAAUCUGACCAUAUUCGCGAACGGACCUACAAACCGACAAAACUCUCCCAGUUAAACUCACGGCUAACCAAGCCGCCGGAGAUUCCGCCGCCGCCGCCGCAGACUACGGUUUCGGUUCCUUUCAAGUGGGAGGAAGCACCGGGGAAGCCUAGGCAUUGCCACACCGAAUCGGAGCCCGGGAACAAUGCUAGAACCUUGGAACUGCCUCCGAGGUUGCUGUUUUUGGAGUCCAAGGUUUCCAACAUGGACGCGCCUUCCCCUACAACAGUGUUGGAUGGGCCGUACAUGGGCCGGGCCAUGUCCUUCACAUCCUCCUAUAGGACUCCUAGGGGCUCAUGGAAUUCCAAUUUUGGGUCCACCAGGUGGAGCGGUUUCAAGAAGAUUUACAAAGAGGAUUAUGAGGGCAGUUUUGACUUUUCAGGCCACUGCACUACAAGUACUAAGCCUAAGGUGAAGAUCACAAGGGCUCCGAGAAGAGGAAGCUUCUUGAAUUUUUCGAAGGCAAGGUCACAUUUGUGGGCAAGCAUUUAUGAAAGCUUUAAGCAAGUGGUCCCAUGGAGACGCAGGCAAUGAACACUCAAAAAAAGAGCUUCCAAAUUGACACCGUUUAAUGAAGAUUUGGAGUGAUCCCACUCACUGGGUUACAGCUUAUGGCUGAGCCUCUUGCCCGUAUAUUUUCCGUUUCUUUUUCUUUUCUUGUAAUUCACAAUAUAUUUAAUAAAUAAUGAUUAUGAUAAUAAUGAUUUAUAUAAUCAAAUUAUUUAGUGGAUAUGCAUAUGAUAUAUAAGUAACUAGUAAGUAGUAAGUAUAUGAAUAUAUAUAUUUGAAUUUUAACCAUCUUAAACUAUGCUACAAAGAAUAUCUAACAUUAUGAU